AGACGGACACUGUCUCGAUCACUCGUCGUCCGGCGCGCGUCCGUAACGUUAAAGUCGCCAGGAGUCUCCUCUCUCCUUUACGUUUAACCCGUAUAUCACACCACACGUACUCAACACCUCACGAUGUCUGGACUCGCGGAUCCUGUGGCGUUCGCCAAAGAUUUUAUAGCCGGUGGUGUGGCCGCGGCGAUCUCCAAGACCGCCGUCGCGCCCAUCGAGCGUGUCAAGUUGUUGCUGCAGGUACAGCACAUCUCGAAGCAGAUCGCCGAGGAUCAGCGUUACAAGGGUAUGAUUGAUUGUUUUGUCCGUAUCCCACGUGAACAAGGAUUCCUUAGUUACUGGCGUGGUAACUUUGCAAACGUCAUCAGAUAUUUCCCAACACAGGCUCUGAACUUUGCCUUCAAGGAUAAGUACAAGCAGGUAUUCCUUGGUGGUGUUGACAAAAACACUCAAUUUUUCCGUUAUUUCCUUGGAAAUCUUGCAUCUGGUGGUGCUGCUGGAGCCACAUCUCUAUGCUUUGUCUAUCCACUUGACUUUGCCAGAACCAGGUUGGCUGCUGACGUAGGCAAAGCUGGUGGUGAGCGUGAGUUUACAGGAUUGGGUAACUGCUUAGCUAAAAUUUUCAAGACUGACGGUCUCAUCGGUCUUUACCGUGGAUUCGGUGUGUCGGUACAGGGUAUUAUCAUUUACCGUGCAUCGUACUUCGGUUUCUAUGACACUGCCCGUGGUAUGCUGCCAGACCCUAAGAAGACUCCCUUCCUCGUUUCUUGGGGUAUUGCCCAGGCUGUAACUACUGUCGCGGGUAUUGUAUCUUAUCCCUUUGACACAGUACGUAGACGUAUGAUGAUGCAGUCUGGUCGUGCCAAGUCCGACAUCCUCUACAAAAACACUCUUCACUGUUGGGCUACUAUUCGCAAGACGGAAGGUACUAGUGCCUUCUUCAAGGGCGCGUUCUCUAACGUCCUCCGUGGUACUGGUGGUGCGCUUGUACUCGUGUUGUACGAUGAAAUCAAGAACCUUCUUUAAAAAACUAAAACAAUCCUCAUCACAUUACUUUCACAAUCACAAACAUCAUCAAUAUUCACACCAUCCGAUUUGAUAGCGAUUCCCAAAAGCCGAUAGACAGAAGAGACUUUACUGUCGGCUGUAUAAUCAAGUAAUUCAGGCUGAGGAUGUUGUUGGACGUAGCAGCUCGUAAAAUGCAUGAAACUCGGCAAAAAACUAUAAACAAAAAAAAGAACAUAGAAGAGAAUCUGCUUAACUUAUUGCCGGAUUCAGUAUUUUCCCACAGCGGCUGACAUUACGUAUUUUCGUAUUCCAUUAUAUUGUGAAACUGACGAAGAGGCAACUAGAAUCGCGAAAAAGGCAUCGCGAACACCUGUUAUCUGGAAAAAAUGUUCCACACAUGCAACGCUGAGUAAGUAGACCGGUUGGAAUAAUAAGUAUCGAAAGUAAUAAUUGCCUAGAGAACAGAGAGUCAGCGCACGUGAAACCAGCGAGAGAGGGGGACGCGCGACGAAAUGUCAUCACGGCGAUGGCGGGGCGCGUAGCCUGGGCCGCCCCCCGCCCUUAUUCUCGGCCCGUUGUAGAUAAUUCAUAAUUCGUAAUUAAUUAACUAUCAUUUUAAAGGUACAGCCAGUCCGUUAAAUUUUUUGAUGGAUAAUAAUUUAAUUUCGCACUCCAAAUAAUUAUGUGUAAGAAGAAAAGAGUUACUCAGAAUGUAUGCAUCUAAUCUGUUCAUGUUAGGAUGCAUGCAGGGAAAGCAGCAAAUCAAUAAAACGAUAUAAAAUUUCA